UAUCUUGGAGAACAAGAGUCAUUUUGCAAAUUUGUGGUAUCAUUUCCCUAAACAACUCGAGACGGAAUUGUACUUCAGUUCUCCAGUUCUACAUUUUUGCAGAGGCAGAAACACAGGUUUUGACUUUUGUUUUUGUAGGCAUUGCUGAAAGAAUUGAAAUAACUUUUUAUUCUACCAUGUAUAACUAUGGAAUAGUAUUAACAAGUACACCAGAAAAGGAUGUAAUAAAUUAGAAUCUCUUCAUUUUAGCGAGAGAAGAUGGAAACAUCACUGGUUUUUUUUCCUCAAUUAAAUAUGUGUGAAUCAAAAGAAAAAACUUUUUUCAAGUUAAUACAAGGUUCAGGAAAAGAAGAGGCAGGCAAAGAAGCCAAAAUCAGAGCCAAGGAAAAAAGAAAUAGGCUAAGUCUUCUUGUGCAGAAACUGGAAUUCCAUGAAGAGACCCACUCCAGUAGAUCUGGGCCUUUGGCCAAAGAAACAAGAGUCUCCCCUGAAGAAGCAGUGAGAUGGGGUGAAUCAUUUGACAAACUGCUUUCCCAUAGAGAUGGACUGGAGGCUUUUACCAGAUUUCUUAAAACUGAAUUCAGCGAGGAAAACAUUGAAUUUUGGAAAGCCUGUGAAGAUUUCAAGAAAAGCAAGGAACCUCGACAAAUUAUCCUUAAAGCGAAAGCAAUAUAUGAGAAAUUUAUACAGAAUGACGCUCCACAAGAGGUUAACCUUGAUUUUCACACCAAAGAAAUCAUUACUAAGAGUAUCACCCAACCCACCCUCCACAGUUUUGAUGCUGCACAAAGCAGAGUGUAUCAGCUCAUGGAACAAGACAGUUACACACGUUUCCUGAAAUCCGACAUCUAUUUAGACUUGAUAGAAGGAAGACCUCAGAGACCAACAAAUCUUAGGAGACGAUCACGCUCAUUUACUUGCAGUGAAUUCCAAGAUGUAAAAUCAGAUGUUGCCAUUUGGUUGUAAAGAAAAUUGAUUUUGCUCAUUUUGAUGACAAACUUGUACAUCUGCUUCUAACAUAUAGCAUGUUUAUGUUAAGGAAUGGUUACAUCUUUUUUUAAAUAAACUACAUCAUCUGAAAGGA